UUGCGAGCGCGCCGAACGCUCAUCUCGAGUCUUGUUCCUGUUUACGCAAGCUGCUCGGGUCGGGGUGCUGGACCUGGACGUAGCAAUAAACACAAGGUUAGUCACACAGAAUGGAAGGUACCCCUGCCUCCACUGCCUCCCCUGCCUCGAGGUACCUAUAUAGGUGCGCCUCUCUACUCCCCUUAUCAAAGUCCAUAAAGACCCCAUACCUCCUCUUCAUCCCCCGCCAUUACUUUUUGACAUCAUAUAGUCGUUCCGUCUUGAUCUUUUCUUUACUUCAGCGAUAGGCUCACUUCGUUGCCGACGACAUCUACGCUCCCAACCUUCGAAACCGUACCUGUUACCUGUUAUCGAUGCUCUUGGACUGCCCCGCUUGUUGACAAGACCCGGGUUUCCAACCAAGACAGAUCACUGUUCUUAUAAACCCUCCAAACGCUUGAGCACUCCCACAUUGUUGCACGCAUCGUCGUCUAUCCAGGAUCACUACCCCAUCAUCCAGCUCCAUACGUCCUUCAUGGCCAUACAACUGUACACCAGCCUCACAUACAACACCGUUUACCGAACGGAAAUAACGCCCCGUUCCAACCACUGCUCCCAUCGAGCAUCACCUCGUCAACACCUUCUCGACGCAACACCAGCACAAUGCGCUCUUCGUUGGGCUCCCAGUCCGCUGCAAGCGAUGACUGGACGUCGAUCAAACUGUAUACAAGCCGCCACACCAAGGACAGAUCACCUGAAUACAACGACGACAACGAAUCAUCAGCCCAAGUUGCCAGCAUAUCCUCCUCCAGUUACAGCGGCGACUCGGCGUCCGAGAUUGCACAAUGUGACCUCGUCAUUGGCGCUCGUGAGAUGCCCUAUCGCGCUAGAUCUCACGGAUGCUCAACAGAGACGGCAAGCUCGGACCAGACCUUCUUUGCCGACGAGGUCAUGGAUCGCCAGGAAACCGUAGCUACGGCUCCACCUCUGACAACUAGCCAGUCCCUUCCCAAAGGCCCUUCUCUCACUGCAUCGGUCCUAGGAAAAUACAGUGAGGUAACGGCCCAGCCCUACGUUGGCAACAUACCCAGCUGGAUUGAGGGCGCCGGCUUCGUUGGUCGGCUUGCCAGACCUGUGGUCUCGGAAAACUCUCCGACCACAAAGCCUCCCAAGUCCAAGCAAAGCAUUUCAAGCAGCGUCGGAUCUGACUGGGCGUAUGUUCCCUCGUCCCCGGAGCAGGCGAGCCUGAUUGCGGGCUCGGGCGGAUGGUGCGGGGAGCCAGAUGGCAGACAUCUCCCUCGAGUCUCGACCCUCGACUUAUUUGAGGACCCUAUGCCUCUUUCUGCUUGAAAAGCGCAUUGCUUCUGUGCUCUGGCUCACAUCGGCGUCAUGUAUGUGAUGUUGGUAAAGUUCUGUCCUUCGUCUGCACUUUCCCUGGACAAUCUUCAUCCUUCCAUUGUCCUGUUGCUUUCCGAAUGGGGGACAGUCUUGCCCAUGUUUUUUUUUUUCACUACCCUCUCAAUUACCCAGCUUUGUGUUACCUCCACCGAUCUGUUCCCUAUCAAUGAUUUUCCCCUUUGUUUGGACUUUGUUCGCGUUCAUGCUCAGGUAACAUCGCGGGAAAGCGUAGUCGAGUAGCAUUUUGUUAUCGCAAGCAGAAGGAUGGGACGUUGGGCUCAAAAUUGGACAACGGCUUACACCUCAUGGCAGAAUAGAGAUGGAAAUAUCAAUGACUGUAUGUUGGUUGACGAACGGAGAUGAUUGGAAAUUUGGAAAAAUGGUUGCUUUCAUUGCAUAGAGUCUAGGACGGCCACGAUAGUAAUAUGAUCAUGAUGUUCCUGUGAACCAACCUGGACCGAGGUCGAUUACCGGGACGACGGAGAAAUAGAUACCACUUGACCGAACGUGACGUCGAU